GACGUUGUGAUUGGCCUAAUGUGGCAGGCACGGCCCUGUAUCCUGACGGUGGCCGGCCUUGCAGCUCUGCUCUUGGCCGGAUGUGGUGAUAACACCAAACCGACUCCUGCACCAGGAGGUUCAACGACCACCCCACACCCAGAUACCCCGGCAGGACCCAUCGACUGUCCCGGCGAUUUGAAGCGUGGACACUGCACCAAGUGCUACUACAGCGGGGGUUCUGGAGGACAGACCAGCUGUCAGGCAUGCUCUUCGCCUUACAAGUUGUCAGACCAGACCAAGUGCGUGGUCUCCUGCUCUGACAUGCCAAAACCCGCGGAGAAGCCUGGCAUGCCUACCAACGCCCAGUCCUACAACGGCAUUACUUGGCCGUCGACCUGUUUCGAUGAGGAAGAG